AUGCUCAGGCCGACACCGACCUUGACAGACUCCAUAAAACACUCAACCUUUAACUUCUCACCAAACUUCAGCAAGGAAUUAGAAUUUGUGAACGGUGGAAGAUCGAUCAAGAGAAAGACGGCGGAGAUGUGGCAUGAAGCAGCCGCAGGCCGAUUAGAAGAACUCACCUCCAUUUUUCUCCGGCCGCUCCACUCCACCGGUAUCCUCCUUUAUCGGUUUUAUCAGGGGGUUGAGGAUAAUCUAGCCGUUAAUUAUAUUGACAGGCAAUUCAAUUUUUCAUCAAAGCCCCAAAGACUUCUUGUAUUACUCCGAGAUGGCCAGAAACUAAUGGGGAUGCGUCUUUCCUUUGAUCAAUAUGAUAAUUGA